UGAAGGCUUCCUGUGCAAGCAGAGGCAUUACCAUAUCAAUCGGUCAGGAACUUUUCUCUCUCGCAAGAAAUAAGACAGACAGAAAUGGCGGCUCGCCGAAUUCUCUCUCUCCUUGCUGCCAGAGCUCCUCAAUAUCCUUCCCCAACGGAGCUCUCGCGUAGCUUCCAUCCUUGUCCAAAUUCUUUCCAUCGCAGCUACGAACAGUAUACCCGAACACUUCAGACAGUCGCAGAAUCCAGUGUUCCAGCAGCGGAGAAUUCUUCAGAAUGUGAAAGUUGCAGCACAAAUCCCAAUCCUGGGACGACCCAAACUGCUGCUACUUCAGAAAACGACAAGACUGCUGCAGGGCACCGAGUAAAUUCCAACUUGAAGAUAUCUGCAAGACAUGAUCUUGUCAUGAUGUUUACGUGCAAAGUGUGCGAUACAAGAUCUAUGAAGACAGCUUGCCGUGAGUCAUACGAGAAAGGCGUUGUGGUGGUCAGAUGUGAUGGUUGCAACAAUCUGCACCUGAUUGCCGAUAGAUUGGGAUGGUUUGGAGAGCCUGGUAGUGUCGAGGAGUUCUUGGCUGCUCGGGGUGAGGAAGUGAAGAAAGGAUCUGCCGAGAGUCUUAAUCUCACUCUUGAGGAUCUUGCUGGUAAGAAAAAUCUCGAGCCAUAAUUUACAUUUCUAGAGAGCAUAAUGGUGGCUUAAUCUACAUUUUUGUCAUUGUUGAUUGGGUUCCAUGAUAUGAUUCAUAUCGUUUGAACGUGAAGUUUUGAUCAUAAGUGUGUUUUUCCGGGGAAUUGUUAGGGUACUAACUGAUUUAUCAACACGGUGCUGACAGUAUAUGAGCUACGGAUUGUUAGCGUAUAGUUUGAAUCAAUAUAAUGUGUUUCGUAGGUUGUUAUCAUGUAGUAUAGUUUGAAUCAAUAUAAUGUGUUUCGUAGGUUGUUAUCAUGUAGUGUCAAGUUAUAUUUUACUCGUGUCUUGUGUUGCUAAGAUCACUCGUAAAUAUGUCGAGUAUUGUCAUUUGUUGUCGGCUGAUUCGAUGAAUUUGUAUUAUAUUAAUGUAUAUGUUUUGUUGUCGGUU